UCCGUCUACAUGCGGGCCGAGACGCCCCAACAUAACAUUGGCGACGAGGAGCUGGAUCCGAACCUACAAAGCCUGACUUCUACGGUGGGACACCGGGCCACAAGUCAUGACGACGGAGCGGACAAUCGAGGUUUUCACGGGCAAGUGCUGGUCUUCCUGGAGCGAGCGGCUGAGCUUCUACUUCGUGGCCAACUCGAUCACCGAUCGGGUGAAGAAGCGUGCACUUUUACUAACCUUGUGUGGCGCGGAGACGUUCGAGACUGUUCGGGCUCUAGUUGCACCAAGAACACCAGGGGAUGUCAGUUUUGAAGAACUGGUCUCAGCCCUGAGAACGCACUUCGAUCCUCAACCGUCUGAAAUCUACGGUCGCUACAAAUUCCAGCGUCAAGAUCAACAGCAAGGCGAGUCGAUUAGCAGCUACGUCGCAGCACUAAAGAAACUUGCAGCCGACUGCAAUUUUGGAAUAGUGACAACAGCGACCACGACCGCCGUAUCGAUAACGGAUUCGUCGGGUCAAGCAGCCACGACGACGCCCGUGCAUAUCACCAAACUGCCGCUAGACGUCAUGCUACGUGACAGGUUUGUUUGUGCUGUAAAAGACGAUUUCCUGCAGCAGCGCCUGUUUACGGAAAGGGAUCUCACUGUCGAGAAGGCUUUUGAGCUCGCAGCCAGAGUCGAAAGCGCUUCAAAACAGCAACAGAGUAUCAAGCAUAAGACUGACCUCCCCCUCGUUCACAAGACAUCGAAGGGAAAAGCUGAGAACGCCGGACGAUCGUCCACUCGACCUUGUUUUCGAUGUGAAGGCCAACACAAUCCUUCGACUUGCAGAUGCCGUAACGAGGAGUGCCGUUACUGUAACAAGCGUGGACACAUCGAAAAAGCCUGCAUCACGAAGAGAGAGAAGGGUAAAAGUGCAAGCCGUAAAAGCAGUCAGCACAACGUGGACUUGACGCCCACAGCAGUCGACCGGCAGCGAGAGGAACAUGGAGAUUUUUACCAUCGGCUCAACAGCGGGACAGCGCACGAACCGUGUCCAAAAUUCCUUGUGACAUUGAAGAUUGAAGGCAAAUCACUAGAAUUUGAAGUCGAUUCCGGUGCCUUGUGUACCCUGAUCAGCGAGGAGACGUACCGCAAGGUGUAGCCCCAAAACCCUCCUCAGCUCCACGAGGACAACCUGCAUUUGCGCACCUGGACUGGAGGAGGCCUGCAACUUCUCGGUGUAGCGCAAGUGUCCGUUCGCUUCAAGUCUAGAGACUUCUUGCUGCCACUACUCGUCAUGAAAGGGGCGGGAUGCAACCUUCUUGGCAGAGAUUUUUUUCCAGCGCUUCGGAUUCGCGUCUGUGGCAUAAACCAAAUGCAGCCAACUCCAGCAGCCGUCAUGACAACGGAAAUACAGGAGGUCCUCGCACGCCACCCGGAUGUCUUUAACGAAGAUAUCGACGGUUACGCGGGCCCUUUGGUUCACCUGGAACUGCAAGAUGGAGCAGCGCCCAAGUUUUGCAAGUCUCGUUCUGUGCCCUUGGCUCUGCAAGGACCAAUGGAAGAAGAACUUGAUCGUUUGCAACAUCAAGGCAUCCUUGAACAGACGCAACAUGCUGAGUGGGCCACACCAGUGGUGUUCGUACGCAAAGGCGACGGCACAUUUCGUGUUUGCGGCGAUUACAGGAGCACUGUUAACGCAGCCGCAAAGAAGGCAUCGUACCGCUUGCCAACAACGACUGAAGUGUUCGCAAAUCUGCGCGGUGGAACUGUCUUCUCGACUCUGGAUCUGUACCAGGCAUAGCAGCAAAUGAAAGUCGACGACGAAACUGCGGCUGUGCUCACCAUCAACACUACCAAGGGACUGUUCCAAGUCAAACGGCUCCCGUUCGGAAUUUCUGCAGCACCAGCCAUCUUCCAACGCAUGUAGGAGACCACACUGGCCGGAAUUCCGGGGAUUUUGGCCUUCCUUGGGACAUGGUUACCUCCUCCUCGCCAGCCAGCCACCAUCUUUGCACUGUCAUCAUGCACUGUAUUCCUGGAGGCUAUCGGUGACGACAUCGCGCCCGUGUUCGAUGCCACGGUUGCGUCCCUCCCCUUCACCAAGCCAGCAUCAUCGUCAAAGACAACAGGAUUCUCUGCGAAUUUAAGCGCCAUGGCCACCACAGGACGCUUUCAGUGGGCACAAAGGAGCGGCGGCUAUGCGGUCGCUUCAAUAUCCCUUCUGCUUCAUUCUGCAGGUUCGUAAAUACCCAUCGUUACACGUUAAACAAUCUUGUAAUGGUUUUGUGCUGCUCCUCCAGUGCCCGCUGGUUCUUUUUAGAGUUGCUUAUGUGCGUGUUCACGUUUUUAAGUUACUUUUGUUGUCUGGGGACGUUGAGUCAAACCCCUGCCCUAUCACUAACGCUGAUAUUCUGGCUGCCAUUGCUGAACAGUCUACGAAGAACGAUGCGCGUCAUACCGAAAUGGUUGGCAUGCUAAAUCAGGUCAAAGAUAACCAGUAUCAACCAGAACUAAAAGUGUUAGACAUCAAUUUAAGACUUGCAGGAGUCGAAUCACUUGUAGAAUCACUAGAUGUGCCAAAGCAUCCUGCUGAGCUGUUUAAUAUUGUUAGUGAGGCCGUCCGAGGCGAAACUACCGUUCUGAAUUCAAGACUUAAUGAGCCUGAAGAUAGAUCACGUCGUGACAACUUACUUCGCUGCGGUAUUGC